GGCAACAAACAUAGGUUGAAACGGUUGAAAGCAUGAAGUACAUACUCGUCACGGGUGGUGUGAUCAGCGGUGUUGGCAAAGGUGUUAUCGCGAGCUCGUUCGGAACGUUGCUGAACGCUUGCGGCAUUCCCAUCACGUCGAUCAAGAUCGAUCCUUACAUUAAUAUCGACGCAGGAACAUUUUCACCCUACGAACACGGUGAAGUCUUUGUUCUGGACGAUGGCAGCGAGGUCGAUUUGGAUCUGGGAAAUUACGAGAGAUUUUUGGACGUUGUUUUGCACAAGGAUAACAACAUCACCACCGGCAAGGUGUACAAAAUGGUCAUCGAUAAGGAGCGAGUAGGAGAUUAUCUUGGAAAAACCGUUCAAGUGGUACCCCACAUUACGGACGCCAUACAGGAAUGGGUUGAACGGGUCGCUGUAACGCCGGUAAAGGAUAACGUUGUGCCGGAAGUGUGUAUAAUCGAGCUCGGUGGAACGAUCGGCGAUAUCGAAGGCAUGCCGUUCGUUGAAGCCUUCCGCCAGUUUCAGUUUCGUGUGAAGAAGGAAAAUUUUUGCGUUGCACACACCUCGCUGGUCCCACUGCCCCGGGCUACCGGUGAACCGAAAACUAAACCAACGCAAGCAAGCGUCCGUGAGCUGCGUGGCUUUGGACUGAGCCCGGACAUGAUUGUGUGCCGUUCGGAGAAUCCGAUCGGUGACGAGGUGAAGGACAAGAUUAGCAACUUUUGUCACGUGGCACCGAAUCAGGUGAUCUGCAUACACGAUCUCUCCUCGAUCUAUCACGUGCCGCUGCUGAUGGAACAGUCCGGUGUGAUCGACAUACUGAAGGAGCGUUUGCAUCUGAAUCUGCCCACACCGAGGCCGGCGAAUUUUAUGCAAUCGUGGCGUGAUUUAGCCGAGCGGGUGGAUAACGUGUACAAGAGGGUGAACAUAGCGCUCGUCGGCAAGUACACACGUUUGCAGGAUGCGUACGCGUCCGUAAUCAAAUCGCUUCUACACGCAUCGAUUGCGGUUGGGUACAAGUUGAACCUUACGUUUAUCGAUUCCUCCAAUCUGGAGCGUGUAACGAAGAUGGAAAAUCCAAACCACUACUACGAUGCGUGGCACGAUCUGACCAACAGCCACGGUAUUGUUGUGCCCGGUGGGUUCGGUUCGCGUGGCAUUGAAGGAAAAAUUCGUGCCUGUCAGUGGGCUCGUGAAAAUGGCAAACCCAUGCUCGGUAUUUGUCUCGGUUUGCAGGCCGCCGUCAUUGAGUUUGCACGCAACGUAUUGGGACUAGCGGAUGCAAAUUCAACCGAAUGUGACGAAAACACUCCCCAUCCGCUGGUUAUCGAUAUGCCCGAACACCAUACCGGCAUACUGGGAGGCACUAUGAGGCUAGGAAAGCGUACCACCAUUUUCCGCGGUGACAGCAAAAUACGUCAACUGUACAACAACAAGGAUCAGAUUGACGAGCGUCACCGUCAUCGGUACGAGGUGAAUCCCAAGUAUGUGGCACAGCUCGAAGAAAACGGUAUGCGUUUCGUUGGCACGGAUGCGGAAAAAGAGCGAAUGGAAGUGAUGGAGCUGAAGAACCACGUAUACUACGUAGCCACCCAGUUCCAUCCGGAGUACCUAUCGCGUCCGCUCAAACCUUCACCUCCAUUCCUUGGGCUGAUACUGGCAUCGGUAGGCAAACUAGAAUCCUAUCUCGAAGAUGGUCAGAAACUGUUUCAGCAGCAUAAGCGCAACAUUAAUCUAGCGGAAGCGGGUGAAAAUUCAAACGAAAAUGAUCUCCAGCAAAUUCGAGAGCGUGCCAAUGGCGUGCCGAACAAUGAGACAAAUACUGCACCGGUUGCUGGUCCUUCUGGGAUUACAACACAAAGGAAUGGUACCGCAUCGACGCCAACGGUUCGAGCGAAUGGAGUACAUGAAAAUGUAGCGGAUUGA